AUGAUGGCCGACGUCCCUCGCAGGAAGCCCAUGCCUCCUGGAUAUCACGGCUCUCAACCCCCGCAAACGUCGAACAUCUACGGCCAUUCACGGACCCGGACGACCUCCUCAAAUACCUUCCCCACCAUCCUCUACCCGCCUCAACCCCAACAACUUUACCCAAGCAACAUGCAGGCCCACGCCUACAGCUCUCGCCGAACACCCUCAAAUGCAACCUACUCCACCACAGCCAGCAGCGGAAACGGUCCUGCUCCCCUCCGACCAACCUCCCAAGACCUACGACGAUCGACCUCCUCUCGAUCUGGCGGGCUCUCGCCAGCAACAGGAUAUGUGGCGCUGAUGCGGAGGCAGAAGGCCACAGUCUGGUGUGAUCGAGCACAGCAUGAAGAUCCACGGUUACUUGCCCAGCAGAAGGCUGCCAAAGUAAGAGCGACAAUGGAAGUCAUCGGCGGACCUGGAGCAGGGCGGCUGCCCACAAGCGGAUCGGGCAGCUUAGCAGGCGGCAACAGGGUCACAGCGAAAAUCAGGCAUCACGGCAAGUCCGGGCUGGUUGGAUACAGUCCUGGGGACCUUGUUGGUGGCGUAGGAGGUGUUCCCAUGCGAUUAAGUGCCAGUGAAGUUGAGGGAGGGGACAGUGAGGAUGAUGCGGAUAGUGGGAACGUGCAAUACGGCGGGGUGUACCACCAGCGGACUGGCAGCGGGAGAAGCAGCGUCGGAAGCGGUGGAAGACGAGGCCUCACAUAUUCUCGACAAUCGGGUGCCAGUUCUACGGUUGGGAAAUGGAGCGCUGGGAAUACUCCACCGAGCGAGAGUCAGAAUUCGAUCCAGGAUCUGGCUGGGGCGGGCGAGACACCGGUUCCUGGUGGCCAUGUACGGGCAAAGGACUACUUUGCCACGGAUGGAAGCAAGGAUGGGACACGCAGCACUGGAAGUGGGAGCAGUCAGGAGCGGGCAGACAAUGUGGCGGAAUUGGGCACGGCGGAUGCUGCGAGACUUGCUAGCAACAGCCUGAUGAAGUCUGCCAUCACGCGGGAGAAGAGCGUGAAGAGCCCCGAGGAGCUGAGGAGAAGAGGCAGCGUUGAUGAGAGAACGAUGACGAUGAGCGCCGGGCGAUUGUAUAUUGCGAAUCCGGAUGCGGACAGCGAUUGA